CACAGAAUAGAAGAAGAAGCCGUGGAGGAGUGGGAGGGCGACCAACUGCUCGAACCGUAAAUGCGAGCAUACUAAAUUCGAAUCAAGGCUAAAAAAAUUCCAGUUCUUCGAGGGACUUCCCCGUUUCGACAUGGCAGCGUCACAUCCAGGGAGAUUAACAUACGAGAGCAAUCAAAAGUACGUCCUCUUCGCAAAAAAGGCAGACCAACGAAGUAUGUCACCACCUCCGAUGCAACAGUUCUCAUCCACUAAUCUACCCGGACGGGCACCUUCCAUUCAGCCUCCUUCCAGUUCGCCACCUCCUUAUACUGCACCGCCUAUAAUGCCGUUCCAACAAACUCCCUAUCCUUCGUCCCCGUUCGCCAUAGCACCUCCGCAGUCGAGUUCUAUGCCGCCAUCAACAAUCGGCGCGCCACCCCCGGGACAAUUUCAGCAGUACCCACCUCACGUCAUGGCUCCUGCGAGGAUGAUGGGACCGCCGUUUGGAAGUGACCCUUAUCCAGUGUGCGGACCCCCAGAUAUGAGCUUCGGUCCUGGUAGUCCUUACCCACCAAUGGUGCCCCCAAGAGCGAUGUCGCCUCCGCCCCCCGAUUUACCAGACAUGUACAAUUUUGAUACGACGGACCUAUAUUCUCGACGGAGGAGCUCUUACAACCCGAUGGAAGUCAGCACAAAUAGCCAGGUGAACGUCACCGUUAACAUUGGGAACGACGAUGGCGAUGACGACAAUUAUACUUCUAAGAGGGACAGAGAGGGCGGCAGAGGGUGGCAGACACAAUACGACAGGGAGAACGAUUUCGAUGACGACCGUUAUCGUCCCCCGUCUCGGAGAUCACCACGAAGAGACACCUGCUAUGAUGAUGACGAUGAUGAGGAAAGACGUCGCAGAAGAAGGUCAAAGUCGAGAAGUAGGGGCGGUUACGAGGAGCGGAGUCCCCGUAGGAGGAGGUCAAAGUCCCGAGAUCGUGAUGACGACGACAGGAGGGAGGGCAAGCAACGACGAAGGAGAAAAUCGAAGUCGAGACCCCGCGAUGAUGAAGGUACGAGGAAGACAUCACGGAAGAAGAAGUCGAAGCGUCGUGGGAGCAGUGACGACGAUGGCAGUGAUGACGAAGAUGACGGUGGAAACAGAGGAAGGAGCAUGCGAGAUGAUAGAGAUAGUUUUAGCGACAGUGACGAAGGGAACGGGAUACGUGACUUCCCUGAUAGUGUAGGACUAGAACAGAUGUUCCUGCUUAGAAAGACGGGCAAUGUUGUCCCGAAGAAGGCAAAGAAAAAGAAAAAGAAAAAGAAGGCUAAACGUACCCCGCAACCACCAGUCCCCGUUCCCGUACAGGUUCCUAUCACUCCGUUAUCCCCUCCAGAGCAACCCGUUUCAAAGUCAGCUGGCAUAUUCGGCUUCUUGACUUCACUGUUCGGGUCAAAGCCAGCAGAACCGCCACCACGACCGACGGCUUCAGUGAUUUUCUUAUAUCCUCCCGAGAGACCGCCAAGCGAAAGAAAAACUCAGGAAAAGUCUGCGCCGCCAAAACAGGAGCCGCCGAAACCAGAAGCAAAGAAAGAGGAGCCGCCGAAACCAGAUAAGAAAAAAGAGGAGCCGCAGAAACAAGAGGUAAAGAAGGAGGAAACUGCUCCAGCACCAUCACAACAGCCUGCUGCUGCUCCGCCCACAGCUCCUUCUCCACCACCAGCUCCUGCUCCACCACCAGCUCCUCCGGCGGAAGCAUCUGCUGUUCCCGUGGUGCCUCCUCCUCCCGCUUCUCCUCCUCCUGCAGCACCACCGCCCGCGCCAACAUCGCCUCCUCCUGCUGAAGCGCCGCCCGCCGUGGCGCCACCUGCCCCUCAAGGAGCACCUCCUGCUCCCGCAUCACCUCCCCCUGCAGGAGCACCACCUGCUGGAGCACCACAAUCCCCCGCGGGAGCACCUCCCGCUCCCGCAUCGCCGCCCCCCGCAGCAGCCCCUCCAGCUGCGACGUCUCCUCCACCUGCAGGAGCGCCACCUGCUGCGGCGUCUCCUCCACCUGCAGGAGCGCCACCUGCUGCGGCGUCUCCUGCACCUGCAGGAGCGCCACCGGCUGCGGCGUCGCCUCCACCUGCCGGAGCACCACCUGCUGCGGCGUCGCCUCCACCUGCAGGAGCACCACCUGCUGCGGGAGCACCACCCACAGGAGGAGCGGCUGCUGCUCCUGCAUAGCAUUGGACUGCUGUUUAGCGGAUGUUUCCAGCCACCACAACAGCUGAGUUGCUGCUUCACAAUCGAAAUAAUGAUGAUAAAUACAAUGCUGAUGCCAGUCUUUUAA